AUGCCUCCCGCGAAGCCGGUACAGCCCAGAAAACGCAAUAGAAAGCGCAAAAGACGAGUAGCCUCGUCGUCGGAGUCAUCGUCGUCAGACUCAGGCUCGUCUUCCGAUGAAUCACCUCGCAUUGUUGUUCGAACCCCAGCACCCGCGAAAGAGGCGUCCGAAACGGAAGAUUCAUCUUCAAGUUCUGAUUCACAAUCUGAAUCCGAGUCUGAGACACAGCUAGCGAGGUCUAAUGACAACGUGGUAGAGCCCAUGGACGUAUCUGAGCGGCGUACGUCAAGAAAGGUAGUUUCACGAAGGUCGCCGUCUAUCUCCCCGCCUCCUACGACGAUACCUUCCUUCCCACCGGGCGCUGUACCUGGACAGGAGUCACUAGAUGAACAGGCCCUGAAGGAAAAGUUUAGGAAAUUCUGGAUGGCCUCAAUAGCCGAUGGCUUCAAGGAUGACUUGGAAGUGAUCCGCAAGGAGCCUAAUAUGACUACUUCACGCCUGGGCUUGUUGAUUGAAUCUUUAGCUGCUGGAGCCAACGUUUUCUCCUCCUCCUCUGACCGGGACGGAAUAAACGAGAUGGAGGUCGUACUUGACCAAAAUACGCAGUCGUAAGACAGCAACGCUACAUUCAAUAUGUUCGCCUAAUCUACAACGGCUCGGCUUCAAAGGUGCUAUGGCCCGGGACUGGCCAUACGUUCCAUAAAAUACUCUGCUCCUUUAGAGACGCUUCUUUGUCCUGCUCCUGCUCUAAGCCAUCCUCCGCAGGCUGUUCCGUUCGGUUAUUCUCUCCGCUGAGUCGAUCCAGGCUGUACUGUACUGCAAUCUGCGCAUCCCGCAACCUCACCAACUUACGAGGGCCAGGCCGAGCGUUAACAGCCUCCUUCACCACCCUCAACGUCUUCAUGGGGUUCGGUUUUAUCGUCUCGUCCUCCUCCGUCUCCAUCUGCUCAGACAUACGGGCAGCCUGGUAGACACCCUCCAUGCGCUCAACGAAUGCUUGCAAUUGUACUCCCAACUUCGUCGUCUUUACCACCUGUCCCUGUUGUAUCAGCUCAUCCACUACCCUUCGCAAACGCGGCACCUCCCGCUCAAGGUGCCGGAAGUCGUGCUCGGCAGGCACGGGUUUGUCUGGUACGUUGUGAGCGGACAACUCCGGCGGCCCGGCGACGAUUCGGUGUGUCCAGUGGGCAAUGGCCUUUUGCGAGGCGAUCUCCAAGGGCGUCAAGCCCGUACCGUCUUCCGUAUGCAAUCCCUCAUCAGGACUAGCGUUGAGGAAAACGCGAGCAACAUGCGGGUAACCGCUGCGAAUAGCGAGAUGGAGUGGGGUCAGGCCUUCCGUGUUGCGUUUCAGGAGCUGGUCGUUAGCACCCCUUGUGAGCAGUUGUCGCAGGAUGUCGAGCCCCACCCAAGGCUGGUGAGCUGCGAAAUGUAAAGGCAGGUUCUGCCCUUGUCUUGACCGUUGAUUCAUGAGAUACUCCGUGACAUCCUGAGGAAACUUGGUAACCAUGUGGUCGAAAAGGGCCUGGUGCCCUUUAUAUAGUGCGACGUGAUAUAUGUUCCAUC